CUGUGUUUAUGUCGCUGAUAUUGAUAUUGAUGUUCUGUAGUUCUGUGGUUUUGUAACAGGUUAGGUUAUGUCUAUGUGCAUUUUUAAAAUAUCUAUGGUAAUGUGAAAAUUUCAAAAUGUUUAAAAAAGUGGCCAUAGGUAUAUCUGGUGGAGUAGAUAGUGCUAUAGCAGCUUUACUUUUAAAAAGAAAAGGUUUUGAUGUACAGGGUGUUUUUAUGCAAAAUUGGGAUAUAAGAGAUGAAAAAGGAAUUUGUAGUAUCGAAGAGGAUUUUAAAGAUGCUCAAUAUGUUUGUGAUAAAUUAGAAAUAAAACUUCAUCUUGUUAAUUUUGUUAAACAAUAUUGGAAUCUAGUUUUCUGUGAUGUAAUCAAAGAAUAUGAAUCUGGACUAACACCAAAUCCUGAUAUUUUAUGUAAUAAAAAUAUAAAAUUUAAUUAUUUUUACAAAUAUGCAAUAGAACAUUUAGGUGCAGAUGCCAUAGCAACUGGACACUAUGCAAAUACAAGCUUUGGACCUUAUCUGGAAAAUUAUGAGCCAGAUAAAGAUGUAAGACUUCUCUUAUCGAAAGAUGCUAGGAAGGAUCAAACCUUUUUCUUGUGCCAAGUGAAACAAAAUAUGUUAAGAAGAGCUAUGUUUCCAAUUGGAAAUUUAACAAAGUCUGAAGUAAAACACAUGGCUGUAGAAAAUGAUUUAAAGAAAAUAGCUUUAAAGCCAGAAAGCAUGGGCAUAUGCUUUAUAGGAUCUAGAAAUUUUCAGUCAUUUAUUCAAGAAUACAUUGCAGAUAAACCAGGUGACUUUGUUGAUGUAGAUACUGGAAACAUUUUAGGAAAACAUAAAGGAAUUCACCAAUGGACACUAGGUCAAAGAGCGAAACUUCAAGGGCUACCUUUUGCCUACUUUAUAGCUAAAAAAGAUGUUCAAAAAAAUAUAGUAUAUGUGGCUCAAGGUACUGAUCAUCCCAUUCUUUUCAGUGAUCUAGUUUUUACUGGACAACCUUAUUGGAUUCAUUCAGAACCAUCAGAACUACAAUUAGAUAAUAUACUGGAGUGUGACUUCAAAUUUCAACAUACACAGUUCUGGACGCCUUGCCAAGUUUGCAAAACCAAACAAGGUUUAAUUGUGAAACUAUCUGAAGAAAAGAGAGCUUUAACCGAAGGACAGUAUGCUGUUUUUGUAAAAGAUAAAGAAUGUUUGGGUAGUGCAAAAAUAAAGAACACGGGUGUUUCCAGUUUCUCUUAUAAUUAUUUACAAAGUAAAGAGUUACAUGUAAAAAAUGAAUGUAAAGAUAAAAAAAUAAAAGUUUUAAGUUGA